AUGGAUCUAUUUAUCAUUUGUUAUCCUCAUAUCCACAUCAAUGGGUCUGCACCAUUUGCGCUUGCAAAACUAAGAUGCUUGGGCAUGAUUAUGCUGGUUGUUAAAAGAUCAUGCGCGAAUUGUACGACCCGUACUCGUUUGACCAAGGCUGCACAUUCUACAGUAUAUAUUGCGCAAUAUUAUAUUAUUCCACCAAUAUUCAUUCGUCUGCGCAACUGGUGGAAUAAUAUAAUAUUGAAGAAGAAUAUCUUUGAUUUCUUUUCCAGCUUUAAAUUUGAUGUCCAAUCGAGACUUGACGAAGGUUAUAAUGAAAAUGAAGUGAUUUCCCGUAUUGAGUUGGAUCACUAUAAAAUCAUCGAUUUGGUCAGUAGAAUUUCAAAUCAUUAA